CUACCCACAUCGACUCUUGUACCCGCCAGCGGCUUCGACUCAACAAUUCGCGUCAUUCGAGUCCACAUUCCCCGACGUUUCCGUAUCCGAGCGUAUUCCCAGCCUGUCAGCCCACUCAACUGUUGGCCGACACGCAUAUCUCGAAACUCGACGUGUUUUUCUGCACCCAUCAGUCGUCGCGCCAUAAGCCACAACUCCCGCUGGACUGCUUCUGCGAGUAUCCACCAAGAUGCCUCAACAAGAAGAAGGUGUUAUGAGAAGGAAGCUUGUCAUCAUUGGUGACGGUGCUUGCGGCAAGACCAGUUUGCUAAGUGUUUUCACUCUUGGUUACUUUCCUACUCGAUACGUACCCACUGUAUUUGAGAACUAUGUGACCGACUGUCGUGUAGAUGGCAAAUCUGUGCAACUAGCUCUAUGGGAUACCGCUGGCCAGGAAGACUACGAACGUCUGCGACCUUUGGCUUACUCUCAAGCCCACGUCAUCUUGAUAGGUUUUUCUAUCGACACACCGGACUCUAUCGAAAACGUCAAGCACAAGUGGGCCGACGAGGCCACCGAACGCUGUCCCGGAGUCCCCAUCAUCUUGGUCGGCCUGAAGAAGGACCUUCGCGACGACCCCGUAGCACAAGAGGAAAUGCGAAAACGAAGCCAAAAGUUCAUCACCAACAAGGCUGGCGAAGACAUGAAGGAACUCAUCGGAGCACGAAAGUAUCUGGAAUGCAGCAGUCUGACAGGUGACGGUGUGGACGACGUCUUCGAGGCCGCAACCCGUGCCGCUCUCCUCGCUGUGGACAAAAAAGACCGCGCAGGCUGCUGUGUCAUCCUUUAGUCGCCUUCUCCACGCAAAACCAACGGCCUUCUUGUUUCCUAGAUUCUAUGACCAGCAUUGGGACGGCGUUUUCUGUUUGUGGGGUACAAGCGGACUGUCAAGUGGUACCAAAGGC